AUGGCCCCAGCCGUGGGUUCAGGUGGAGACACCAAAACGGGCGUCUACACUCAAUAUGAUGACCUGGGAUCAACUGCUGCGAACACAAGAGCCAAUUCCAUGCUCUCGCUGUCAACGACCAUUGCAUCCACCAGAGGAAGCUUCGAGGAUGGAAAUUUUCAUCGACAAUCUCAAGAUGGCGAGUUGCACACGAUCCCCACUAGACCGCGUGGGAACUCUCAUAUGGGUGAAGCGCUGGAGAAUUUGUCUCGGACGAUGUCGAGCAUGCCCGAGCAAGAAGGACAUUUCGACCUCGGCAUCGUGCAGUCCCGCCGCUCAAUCAAACAUAUGCCCGGCCUGGCGGAAGAAGCCGGAUCGCCGACUCUAGCGAAAUACCAGGGCGUCCCACCUGAACUAGGCAGUCUCACGUCCGAGCUGAUAUUUGUAUUUGUCUGCUCGGCCGGACUGAUGUUUUUCGCUUUCCUACUUGGAGAUAUCACUGUGAACCAGAUCACGCUGAGGCGCGCAUUGGGGAUCACUAAUAGUCAGCUUCCAUGGCUGCUGGGUGCCUAUACACUCCCAUUGAGUCUUUCGGUGAUUAUUUCUGGUUCGUUGACGGAUCUGACCCCACCGAGAAUGAUCAUGGUCGGUGCAUUCGCCUGGUUGACCAUUUGGAACAUCGUCGGUGUUUGGUCGAUUAGUCCGGAGAAGGUGAUUCUCUUUUAUAUCGUUCGCGCAAUGCAGGGUCUUGCGAUCGGAGUGCUGGUCUCCGGAUCAAUGAGCAUUCUUGGUCGUAUCUAUAAACCCGGUCUGCGGAAGAACAAAGUUUUCUCUGCAAUGUCCGCCACAUCGCCAUUCGGCUUCUGGCUAGGUGGGAUCCAGGGUGGAGCAUUCAAAUCCUGUCUAUGGUGGAUCUUUGGAUCUAAUGCGAUCAUCUCGGGCAUGUGUUUGGUAGCCGCUUACAUGGUAAUCCCACCUCUUCGUCCAAUGGCCGAUAUCGCCGGCACCGAAGCGCCCUCGAUUCGCCAGUUUGAUUUUCUUGGAGCGGGAGUUGCAGUCACGGGCUGCGUGUGCCUCCUUUUCGGUCUUACUCAAGGAGCCGUGGUCGAGUGGACCCCCUACACAUACGCACUCGUCAUAGUCGGGAUUCUCCUAUUGAUCGGGUUCUUCUUCGUCGAACGCUGGGUUGCACGCCCCUUAAUCCCUAAUCGACUCUGGAAGACAAAGGGAUUCACACCACUCAUGAUUGCCUAUUUCCUAGGCUACGGGGCUUUCUCCGGCUGCUGGCAAUUCUACGCGAUUCAAUUUCUGCUUCGAAUCCAGGGACACAGUCCGCUUACCUGUGCUCUUUAUCUCCUCCCAAAUGCCAUCGUUGGGGUUCUUGCAACGUGGGUGGUGAGUAAGACUCUUCAUAUCGUCCCCGGCCAUUAUAUUUAUUUCACCGCCAUGGUCGCCUUUGCGCUGGGCCCGGCAUUCUUCCUCCCACAGAAUGCUGGUACAAGUUACUGGCCGCUUUCUUUUCCGGGAAUCGCUCUCGUGACAUUUGGACCUGAUCUAUCGUUCGCGGCAGCAUCAAUCUACAUUACGAGUAAUGUGCGUCGAUCCUACCAAGGGAGUGCUGGUAGUCUGCUCGUUACGAUGCAGAAUUUGAGUAAUGCUGUUAUGACGGCUGUUGGGGAUGCCAUUGGAAAUAAGGUUGCUAAAGAUGCAUCUGGGAGUAUUGGUUUAGAGGGACUUCGAGCUGUCUGGUGGUUUGCUUUGGCUGCCGAGGUUGUUGCUGCCCUGAUCACUCUAAUUUGGGUGCGGAUCCCGAAAGAAGAAGAAAAGGAACAUGUUACUUAG